CAGAAUACUUAAGAAAUAUUGGUUACAUUUCCUCAGAUUUAAGUGCUGGAAGAUAGAUGGCAUUGAUUUACAAAUCUGUUUAUUGACUCGGGAGCAGGAAGACAUUGUUCGCGUUAAGAGCUUUAUUGUGUAGCCCAGGGCAAGAUACUAGGAGCCUUUUGUGGCAGAUGAAUAUAUUGAACGUCUUGUGUGGAGAACCCCAGGAGGAGGUUCUAGAGGUGGACCUGAAGCUUUUGAUCCUAAAAGAUUAUUAGAAGAAUUUGUAAAUCAUAUUCAAGAACUCCAGUUAAUGGAUGAAAGGAUUCAAAGGAAAGUAGAGAAAUUAGAGCAACAAUGUCAGAAGGAAGCCAAGGAAUUUGCCAAGAAGGUACAGGAACUUCAGAAAAGCAAUCAGGUUGCCUUCCAACAUUUCCAAGAACUAGAUGAGCACAUUAGCUAUGUAGCAACCAAAGUCUGUCACCUUGGAGACCAGUUGGAAGGGGUAAACACACCUAGACAACGGGCAGUGGAAGCUCAGAAAUUGAUGAAAUACUUUAAUGAGUUUCUAGAUGGAGAAUUGAAAUCUGAUGUUUUUACAAAUUCAGAAAAGAUAAAGGAAGCAGCAGACAUCAUUCAGAAGUUGCACCUAAUUGCCCAGGAAUUACCUUUUGAUAGAUUUUCAGAAGUAAAAUCCAAGAUUGCAAGUAAAUACCAUGAUUUAGAAUGCCAGCUGAUUCAGGAGUUUACUAGUGCUCAGAGAAGAGGUGAAAUCUCCAGAAUGAGGGAAGUAGCAGCAGUACUACUUCACUUUAAGGGUUAUUCUCAUUGUGUUGAUGUGUAUAUAAAGCAGUGCCAGGAGGGUGCUUACUUGAGAAAUGAUAUAUUUGAAGAUGCAGCAAUACUCUGUCAACGUGUGAACAAGCAAGUUGGAGAUAUCUUUAGUAAUCCAGAAACAGUACUGGCUAAACUUAUUCAAAAUGUAUUUGAAAUCAAACUACAGAGUUUUGUGAAAGAUCAGUUGGAAGAAUGUAGGAAAUCAGAUGCAGAACAGUAUCUCAAAAAUCUUUAUGAUCUAUAUACAAGAACCACCAAUCUUUCCAGCAAGUUGAUGGAGUUUAACUUAGGUACUGAUAAACAGACUUUCUUGACUAAGCUUAUCAAAUCCAUUUUCAUUUCCUAUUUGGAGAACUAUAUUGAGGUAGAGACUGGUUAUUUGAAAAGCAGAAGUGCUAUGAUCCUGCAACGCUAUUAUGAUUCAAAAAAUCAUCAAAAGAGAUCCAUUGGCACAGGAGGUAUUCAAGAUUUAAAAGAGAGAAUUAGACAGCGUACCAACUUACCACUGGGGCCAAGUAUCGAUACUCAUGGAGAAACUUUCCUAUCCCAAGAAGUGGUGGUUAAUCUUUUACAAGAAACCAAACAAGCCUUUGAAAGAUGUCAUAGGCUCUCUGAUCCUUCUGAUUUACCAAGGAAUGCCUUUAGAAUUUUUACAAUUCUUGUGGAAUUUUUAUGUAUUGAACAUAUUGAUUAUGCUUUGGAAACAGGACUUGCUGGAAUUCCUUCCUCAGAUUCUAGGAAUGCAAAUCUCUAUUUUUUGGAUGUUGUGCAACAGGCCAAUACUAUUUUUCAUCUCUUUGACAAGCAGUUUAAUGAUCACCUCAUGCCACUAAUAAGCUCUUCUCCUAAGUUAUCUGAAUGCCUUCAGAAGAAGAAAGAAAUAAUUGAACAAAUGGAGAUGAAAUUGGAUACUGGCAUUGAUAGGACAUUAAAUUGUAUGAUUGGACAGAUGAAGCAUAUCUUAGCUUCAGAACAAAAGAAAACAGAUUUUAAGCCAGAAGAUGAAAACAAUGUUUUAAUUCAGUAUACUAAUGCCUGUGUAAAAGUCUGCGCUUACGUAAGAAAGCAAGUGGAGAAGAUAAAAAAUUCCAUGGAUGGGAAAAAUGUGGAUACAGUUUUGAUGGAACUUGGAGUACGUUUUCAUCGACUUAUUUAUGAACAUCUUCAACAAUAUUCCUACAGUUGUAUGGGUGGCAUGUUAGCAAUUUGUGAUGUUGCUGAAUAUAGAAAGUGUGCCAAAGACUUCAAGAUUCCAAUGGUAUUACAUCUUUUUGAUACUCUGCAUGCACUUUGCAACCUUCUUGUAGUUGCCCCAGAUAAUUUAAAGCAAGUCUGCUCAGGAGAACAACUUGCAAAUCUGGACAAGAACAUACUUCACUCCUUCGUACAACUUCGUGCUGACUAUAGAUCUGCCCGCCUUGCUCGACACUUCAGCUGAGGUUAAAUUGACAAAGGAAAUGUAUUGUAUUUCAACAGGCCUCAGUUGAUAGAAAGCACAGGAGAUUCCUUACGACACAGCCAACAUUUCAUGGAAAAAUGACUGGAAGAAAACAGCAGCCAUACUUACCCUUGAGGUUUUAUUUGAAAUUUGGACUCCACUAACUGUAUUUACUUUUUUUCGUGCUAAGUUGAAUUUUAAUUCCAUUCUUGAAUUUAAUACAUUUUAAAUUCUGUAAAACUACAUGUACCUUUUUUCAUUCUGGAAAAAAUGUUGGUGUCAGAAGGCAAGUGAAAUUUUACCAGUGUCUGGUUCUAGUUCUUUAACAUAUUCCAUCUGGAAAUUUUAUCAUCCCAUUUUGCAUUAAUACUAGGUAAAAUACAAAACAAAACCCCACAUUUAUUAUUCAUCAAUUUUUAAUGACCUUUUCAAUACUGGUAAUUGUUAACCAGAUUAUUGUAGAUUUUCCUAAAGAAUUUGUUGACUCUUUCAGAGAUUAGCAAGUAUAAUUUCUGUAGUUUUGUUGAAUAGAACUUUUUCUGAGAUACAAUUCCAAGAAAAUGUUGUGAGCUAAACUAAAAUGAUGUUUUAUGCAGACAUUAGGAGUGAAUCAGAAUACAUCUGCUUUCUGGGUAAAAUUUAAAGUUUACUAUUCCAUCUUUGGUAAGUAGAUUUUAAGCCAAUUCUAGUAAAAAAUUAAUAAAACUACCUUAUUUUAUAUUUCACUUAAGGUAGAAGGCCUUAACUAAAGGACCAUAUUUAUUCAUUGCUUUAAUAUUCUAAGGGAAAUAAAGAAGUGAGGGAUAGUCUUAAGUGGUGCAUAUGAGAAGUAAACGUUUAGGAACAAUGCAGUUCUUUAAGAUUUUUAUCCUACUGAUAAACUUGAAUAAAAUGUGACUGCUAAACCUGCUGGUAAUCUUCUACUUAUAAUGAGGAAUGGGGAAUUGAUAGGCAACAUUAUGUAUUAUAAGUUUGGACAUAAGUUUUGCAAAGACUGAUUAAUUUUCAGAUCUGUAGUUUCUUUCGUUAUCCUUUUCAAGCCAUUUCUAAAGUUACUUCUACUUGGCUAUGGUUAAUUGAAUUGGCUUAAUAUGGUGACAUAAUAAAUUACUUACAAAAUUUUAAACAUGAAAUAAAAAUUUAGAAAGGCCAUUACUUUAUUAAGCUUUAUAAAUUUGCUCUGCAAGAAUGUACUCUAAAUUAAAUAUAGUGUUUCAGCUUCCAUUGUGUUGCUCAUAGUCUUCCAGGAAUCAGACAAACUUUUUAAUGUUUAUUUCAUUCUUGGCAAUUUUUUCUUAAAUGUAGGCUUUUUGGCCUAAUUUGGGAAACCUACUUUUCUUCUUAGAAUCUGAUUCUAAAUGGUUAUCAGUUUUACCAAACCCUCAAAGUCCAGAGCUAACUACUGUUUAAAUUACCAUUGACUGAAUUUUUUCAUUUUCUGUUUAGCCCAGUGUUAUCAAGGUAUGCAAGGGAAAUAAAAUAUGCCAACUUUUGUCAAAGCAUUUUAGGAUGUCAAAACCAUUUCGUGGCAGCUUUAGAAGGCUUUCCACAUUUCUUUGCUUAGCCAAGGGAGAGCCAGAACAGGUUUUGGUUUCAACAAAAAGUCAUAUGCUUGUACUGUUGCCAUUUUAGAAAACUCUUAUGUGAAUUCAAAUUAUACCUCUGUUACUUAAAGCCAACAAUUUUAAGGCAGUAGUUUUACUGGCCAUUUGAACUCUUUGUACAGUGUCAAUUUGUAAAAAAAAACAAAAACAAAAACAAAAAACUCAAAUAAAACAUGAGAUGACACUUAAAACUUCCAAAUCAGAGAAGCGCUUCAAAUUACUUUGUUUGGAUUAAUUUUUUAAAUGUUAAGCAUUUACUUGUUGCUUAGAUAUUUUGUUAAUUAUUUCUUCCAUGCUUGAGUUCUGUGCAGUAUUUUCCAUCAUGUCCAUUGACAGGACAGUGACAAAACUCAUAAAUAAAUACAAAAUUUAGAAGUGUUAACAUUAAUGCUCAAUAAACAAAUUCCCUGCAAUUGUUUUUUUUUUUUUAUUUCACUCUCUAUUUCAAGGACAUCCCUAGUGAAUUUUAUAAAAUUUUUAUUUAGAAGCUUGAGAUAUUCCUUAUUUUUCAUAGCAUAAGUCUUCUCACUUCUUUUUUUCCACAGAAAAGUACUGACUAUAUAAACAAGAUUAGAAUUAGAAAUUCAACCUUAGAAAAUCUUCUUUAAGAAGAAAAAAAGAUGUAUGAAGCAAUCAGCAUUCUUUGUAGUCUGACCAUAUUUUCAUAUAUUGCCAUCGCAAAAUGUAGCCCAAAAUGUAUAACUCAAAAGAGUUAACAAAUAGAAUGUUUUAUGUGCACAUAGUGAAAUUUUAAGUAGCGAUAAUAGAGCUUAGUAGCUUUUACGAACAUUUAAAUCAGAGGAACAUUUUUGCAGUAUUCCACAGUUCUCAUGAGCUAUACACAGUAUGUAAUUAGUCCAUUGAAACUGAAAAUAUGCUGUAAGUACAGCAGGUUGUUUUCUAAAGCUUCAGUAUAUUAUGUGAAAUUCAGAACACUAUUUUAAGAAGAAAGUCUGGCCUCUGUAAGCUAAGCUAUUACAAAGGACAGUCAAUCAGAAUUGAUGAAGAGUGUUAUGAAGAAUUGUUCAGUAACCACUGGAUGAUCAUCUGACUAUUCCAAGACAAUCUUUGAUCUCAUUUUGAGGAGGACCAUCAUGGUUGCUGGUCUUUAGUUUCUUUUGUUAUUAAAAAAAGUGUGCUAAAGUAGGUAAAUUUAAAGUAAGUUAAAAUUUUAGACAGGUUAAUUUAUUGUUAUAUAUUAAACCAUUUUCUUUCCUUUCACUUCUAAAUAUUUUACUUUGUGAAUACUAGCUCUCUGGCUCAGAGUGAAAUUACUUCAGUAAUAGAUUGAUUCCAAGUGGAGAAUUUAUUGGUUCCUUAAGAUGACUCUUCCUCAUGUGUGAUGGUGAAUAUUUAUAAGUAUCCAGGUAAAGAGAUACUGGUUCCUAAAAUGCCACAAACUCCUUUAAGUGGUCAUGCUGAUGUGGUAGUGGUGAAGGCAUUCUUGAACUGUGUGUGGGAGACAGCAAGUGUCACUCAGCAUGUUUUGCUGACUAAAAAGGCUUAUUCAUACCUGGGAGAUUAACAUGUUUUUAAUGCAAAACUAUUCUGCCACAUACCUUACUGAUUUCUUAGAAAUAUGAGAUGUUUUCCAGAACCAUAUAGAAUUUUCCAUCUUUUUGAUGAAGAAAGCAGUCUAUGAUGUCAUCAAAUUAUUUUAAUUAUAUUCAGUUCCUGUACUAUUUAUCGUUGCGUGAGAAGGCUUACCCUAUGAUACAGUAUGUACUUUGGAAGAAAAGAGCUGUCCAUGUUGUUAAAUUAAAUAAUUGUACAUGAAGUAAGCAAUAGUCAGCAAUUUUUAAAGAUUUAGUGCCUAAUAAAGAUAAUUAUAGCUACAUUUGUUUGACUUAAGUCCCAUGCACUAUGCUAAGUCCUUUACAUGUAUUACUUGAUUCCAAAGCAACCCUAGGAUUUGGGUACCAUUAUUCCCAUUUGACAGAUGAAGAAUCUAAGGUAUAAACAGGAAAAUAGAACCAUCAAGGUGUACAGGUGGUAAAAGCACAGAUCUAAAAUCUUAAGUCCUUCUCAUUCACUCUUAUGUUCCAUAUAUUAUUUUCUUUAUGUAACAUUAAAUAGAUCCUUUACUUUGUUUUAUGUGUUCAAUGUGUGGUCAUACUUUUUUGAGUUAGUUUUAAAAUUAUGUAAGUAGUCAAGAAAUUGUAAUUUGUUUGUACCCAAUAGAAAUAUGUCCAUCACAAAGUUCUCCUUAGUAAGUUUUAUACAAUUAUGAUAUUUUUCUUAAUAAUUUUCACAUUAGAAAGAGUCCAGGUGUCUUGUACCAUAUUUUGUAACACGGAACAAAAUGGCAAUUCUGUUUUAGAAGGUAUGAGAACUCAGUAUUGCCCUCUUCAGAAACAGACUACUUUAAAUGUCAUAAGCUUCCUAAUUCUGUUAGCUGUUUAGUGUGUUGGGAUUUUAUGAGUGGCUCAUCCUGUAUCAAAAAUGUAGGGCAAAAAGUAGUAAUAUAAUGCUACCAAUACUAUAUUAUCUGUAUUCAUUUAUAUAUAAUUGUAUGUCAAAAAUUGCCUUACCUAUUUAUUACUUUUUAUUCCUAUCACUGAUCAAUCUUUUCUCUUUGGAUAUUUCAUGGGGAAACAACCUGUAAAGUGUUUAGAGAAAACUGACACAAUAGAGAAUAAUAAUUUUACUUUAUGAAUUGCAGCAGCUAGGCUGAUAACCCUGGGCUUAACAAAAUUUAUAUUUGUAAACUUAGGCCCUGUAUAUUUUAUCAAUGUUAUUUAAUAGGUACCAGUAAACUUCAGUUCUUAAGAUUGAAUGUCUAUUUGGGGCUGGGGGGAGAAAGUAAUUAAACAUACUUGUUCAUUUGCUAAGUGGUUUAGAAGGUUGCAGUCUGUCUCACCAUACAAAGCCAAUUUAAAUAGGAAUAUAUCAUACUCCAAAUAGCAAACAACCUCUGAGGAAAGUCAUUUAUUCAGAAGGCACAGAUUUAUGCUAGACAGCAGUGAUGCAUUACAAAUAUAUAAUUAUUUGUACUAAUAUUUGAGCAGGUGGAAUGGAUUAGAACAUGGUCAACAUUAUGCUGCUGAUAACAUGUAUUUUUCUAUAUUAAUAUGUACUGUGCAACAUGUAUUAAAAUUGUCAAUAAUU